UGUUUUUCCCCAUACUUCCUGUUGGCUCACACAGUCUGAGGAGAAGUGCAGGCUCUCCACAGCCAACAUGUUUGACUUCUCGUUGUUUUCAGUUGUUACCUGGAUAUUGUUGGUUCUUUUUUUCACCCUGUUCCUAUUAUACGGCAUUUUGCCAUAUAGUGUUUUCAAAAACCUAGGAAUACCAGGACCCAGACCUUUCCCUUUUGUGGGAACGCUGCUUCACUUCAGAAAGGGGAUUAGUGUCUUUGACAGGGAAUGUCAUGAAAAAUAUGGAGAUAUCUGGGGGUUGUACGAUGGGCGGAGGCCAAACUUGAUGGUGACAGACCCAGAGAUGAUAAAGACGGUGUUGGUGAAGGAAUGUUACUCCAUCUUCACCAACCGCAGGGAAGCCUUUGGGGAGGGGCUUCUUGACGACGCCAUCACAGUAGUUAAGGACGACAGGUGGAGGCGAAUCCGCAACACUUUGUCUCCAUGUUUUACCAGUGGGAGAUUAAAACAGGUUUAUCCUAUCGUGGCUCGCUACUCAGAUCGACUGGUUGAGAACUUGGGAAAGCUGAAAGAAGGCGAAUCUGUUGACGUUAAACAAUUAUUCGCUCCCUACAGUCUGGACGUGGUGACCAGCACUUCCUUUGGUGUUGAAGCAGAUUCCCAGAACAGACCGGACGACCCAAUGAUUGUUCAUCUGAAAAAAAUUAUAAAGAUAAACUUCUUUGCCAUAUUCAUUCUAAUGGUGUGUCCCUUCGUUAGUCGUCUGCUGAAACGCCUGAACUACGACGUAAUGCCCACACACAGCAUUGACUAUUUCUACAACAUUAUAAAAAAGUUUAAAAAAGACCACAUGGAGGACGAGACGAGUCGUGGCGACUUCCUGCAGUUGAUGAUUCAGAACGAGAUUCCAGAGUCGGAGAUUGAAAAUGAACAAGAGCAGCCGAGCAAAGGUUUGACGGAGCACGAGAUCCUCACUCAGGCCAUAAUCUUUAUAUUCGGUGGCUACGAGACCACCAGUGUGACGCUGACGUUCAUCUUGUACUCUCUGGCCACCAACCCGGAGGCAAUGCACAAGUUGCAGCAAGAAAUUGACGAGAGCCUGGAGAGAGACGCCCCCGUCCCAUAUGACGCCCUGAAUCACCUGCAGUACCUGGACCUGGUCAUUUUGGAGUCCAUGCGUUUGCAUCCCACCGCUCCUCGGCUGGAGAGGGUGUGCAAAAAAACUGUCCAGGUCCACGGCAUCACUAUCCCCGAGGGAACCAUCGUUGGGAUUCCCACACACCUGUUGCACAAAGAUCCACGAUUCUGGAGCUCACCUGAACUUUUCAGACCUGAGAGGUUCAGUAAAGACAGCGAUGAGGAGGUGAACCCAUACGCCUACAUUCCGUUUGGCCUGGGACCUCGUAACUGCAUCGGGAUGCGCUUCGCGGUCCUGGUGAUGAAGAUGGUCCUGGUCCGACUCCUGCAGAGUUACACCGUGGAGACCUGUAAAGACACCAUGAUUCCUCUGGAGUUGAACUGGAUGCAGCAGCCGAGUUCACCGAUCAAACUCAAGUUUGUCCCCAGACGCCUGUCGUAAUCAAACGAACGUUGUGCCACAGCGUAACACCUGUAACACCUGUGACGCCUGUAUCUGACUGUUAAUCAGCAAUAAUCCUCAGAGUAUUAUCUCAUAUGAAUAAACAGUAAAAACAUUUUUAAAUGAUUCUUCUUGCAAUAUUUACAGGAACAAGUUAAAUGAAGUUAAAUUUCUUUUUUUUUUAAGUACAAUGUAACAAAUGAAUACAGUAGUUUAUGUUUUUACAAACUGAAAUAAAAUAAUAAAUAAGU